AUGCAUGGCCAACCACAAUACACUCGAGCUACGUUCUUACGGAGUCGUGAUACACAGUGUGCAUGUGGCAUAGUCGGCGCACCUAACACCCAACCUACUGGUCGCGCAUCGGCGAUCAUUUUGCUGCAAAAGAGCUCUGUGCUCGCAGAUGUAAUCAAAUCCUCCGUCGUGGAAUCCUCUACUUCAUGGCUGGAUCUUACGUUCUUCUCGGGGACUCCAUGUAUACAAAUGGUACCUCACCUUCGACUCAAAGGCAACAUCUCUGAUACAUUCGAUGUAGAAACGUCGCUGUUCUCUCUCGAUCUCAGCAGCUCCUUUCCCUUGAAUGGAAUGCUGAGGAAUUCAUACUUCCAUAACGACACGAUCUUCGUCGAGACAACUCCGAGGAGUAUAGAAGGCCCCACAAACGUGACUGGCGCAUUCUGGACAAAUGUAAAUCAAAGCACACUCUAUACUGUUGGUGGCUACAGUAACAACGACAUGAGCCAGUCUGCGCUUCCCGCAUACUCUACACAAGACGAUGUUUGGAGUUCCGUAAAUGUUGCGGGAGGACGUUACAACAAAGACAACCGUGACACGGCUAUGGUCGCCUCUACAGCCAAAGGCGGGGGCUCCCUCUCUUUCAUUGCAGGCGGCAUAGAUUACAUUCAAGGAAUGGUGAUCUUCAACUCCUCCGAUCCCAGCCAGCCGUCUUGGGAAAACGUCACGGAUAUCGACGUCCCCUACUUCUGGGACCCUACUACCCAGUAUCUACGCUACGGCGAAGCUGGCAUUUUGGUAUCUAUCGGUGGUUGGGAGUCAGAGUGGCACAACUCGACUGGAGUUCAACUAAGAGACAUGAGCAGCAUUCAAAUUUAUGACAUUGCUGGCCGAAGAUGGUUUACUGUAUUUGCCACCGGCAAUAUACCCCCGCCACGUGGCAGCUUUUGCUCCGGUAUAAGCGCUGCACCUGAUGACUCGAGCUUUCAAAUGCUUAUCUAUGGUGGUGUUCGAAUAGGGAAAGGUACCUUAAGUGAUACGUAUAGCCUUGUUAUGCCUGCAUUUGAAUGGAUAAAGAUCAACACAACAGCCGAAUAUACGCCUCUCCAAAACUCGUCCCUGGGUCGAGGGGAUCACUUCUGCGAUACGUAUCAGGAUCGCCAGCUCAUCGUACUAGGCGGCCAGGAUGGCGAGCAUGCUAAUGAGACCCCUUGUGAUCAGAAUUACCCUGCAAUGAAGAUGUUGGAUACAACAACGUACGAAUGGCAAACUCAAUGGCCUUUGAAUGACACAAAGUAUAGGGUUCCCCCAGCCGUGAUCAGCAUUGUUGGAGGUGGUCCCGACGGCGGUGCAAGACCAGCGCUUUCGUGGCAAGAAACGCUAGGAAAUAACGUAGAAAUCUUUAAUAGAACUAUCCCAAGAUAUGACCCCGACCAUCCCAGUCAGAAUGUUAAUCUAUCGGGUCCCAGUGUGCCGCCACCAAUCUCAAGAGACAAGAAAAAAACAUCUGGAGCUACCUCGAGAGAGACCAUUAUCGGCGUGGCCGUUGGCGGCUCUAUUGGAGUAGCCGUGCUGAGCGGUAUAUGCUAUUUCAUUGGUCGAAAACGAGGAUACCAUAAACAAAGCAAAGAAUUUACCUGGCAGAAAGCGGAGCUGAGUGCCAAAUCUUCGCAUCCUUUAGCGGGACAAAUGCCUCACACAACGGUCGAAGUACACGGCGAUGACCCGCAAGGUUUGAGGACGAGAGAGCUUGACGAUGAACAAAGUCGAUUAGAAGCGCCUGCUGGAGCAGUGAGAUAUGAGCUGCCCGAGUUGUACGUCUCGACAAGGUCGUGA